AUGGCAACAAAUUCUGGAAGUCACAAUGACCCAAAACAAUUUCAACGCAUCGGAAUAGUUGGUGCUGGGAAUAUGGGCACACAAAUGGCGCUCGCUUUCUCAGAGUUGGGUCUCGAAGUUUCUAUCUGGGAUGUGGUUGAAAAAAAUAUAAAACAGCUCCAGGAAAUGUCGCAAAAAAAUAAGCCCAAAAGCGAGAUUAAAGGAUUCCACGACAUCGAUAAGUUUGUCCAAAGCUUAAAGAAUGAACACCCGAAACUAUUUCUCUUUUCCAUUUCGCACGGCAAUCCGGCAGAGUCUGUGCUGGGCAUGAUAAAAAAAAAUCUCAACAGUGGAGACAUCGUCUUGGAUGGAGGCAAUGAGGACUACCGGCGCACCCAAGAGAGGCAGAAUGAAUGCGAAAAGAUUGGCGUCCAUUGGAUUGGCAUGGGAGUCUCAGGUGGUUACCAGGCAGCUCGCCGUGGGCCAAGUCUUUCCCCAGGCGGUAAUGCGGAAGCAAUAAAGACUGUGAUUCCGCUACUCGAGCUAUACGCAGCAAAGGACCCUAACGGCAAUCCGUGCGUGGCUCGAAUUGGUCCCGGUGGUUCAGGCCAUUACGUGAAAAUGGUUCACAACGGGAUUGAGGGAGGUAUGUUGUCCGCCCUGGCCGAGACGUGGUCAUUCCUCCGAUAUGGUCUGGAACUGGAAUAUGAUGCUAUUGCAGAUAUCUUCAGUCAGUGGAAUGACCAUGGCGAGCUACGAGGUACCUACCUUCUUGAUAUCGCCAUCGACAUGCUACGAGCCCGAAGGUCUUCUGGAAAGCCAGGUCAGGAGAAUGAAAGAAAAGGUUCUUAUAUCCUUGAUGAAGUCCUCGAUAAAGUCGUCCAGGAUGACGACGACUCCGAAGGUACACCGUACUGGAACAUCAUGGAGUCGGCGCUUCGCCAUGUUUCAACCCCAACUCUUGCUGCGGCGCACUACUUGCGUGUCGCUAGCGGGAACCGAGCAGAAAGGUUAGUAGCUGCCAAGAAGCUUCAACUGCCAGUACCCAAGCCAAUCCGAGCAGCUGAAGACAAAGUGUCUAUGAUCGAGAAUUUGCGCUCUGCCUUGUAUUGUUGUUUUCUAGCCUCAUUCUGCCAAGGUCUAGAAAUGAUAAUGAAAGCUUCCGAUGAUGAGGGUUGGGGCAUUGACCUAGGUCAAUGUCUUCGGGUUUGGCGUGGUGGCUGCAUCAUCCAAUGUGAUGGUAUAGCCGAUCUCUUAGAUCCUUUGCUAAAGCAUCGCUGGAAAAAUCUGAAACAUGCCGAUGAAGUAGCGGGUGAGUUGCACCGUACUUUCAAUUCAUUAAAAGAAAUUGUGGUUCAGGGCACUUUGUCCGAUCAGUAUCUUCCUGCAAUCUCUGCAUCUUUUGAGUAUCUGAAAUAUACGGGUGGCAAAGCACUCCCAACUCAGUUUAUGGAGGGGCAGAUGGACUUUUUUGGAGCUCAUGGAUAUAACAAGGUCGGCGUUAUUGGAGAGGACCCAGGGUUCGUUGAGAAAGGGCCUCAUCACCAUGAAUGGCGGCCUGCAAAGGAAUGA